AUGAGGUCUUCACUCUCACGAGCAGAAUCUUUCUGACCGAUUACCAUGGAGAGGCUGAAUGGAGGAGAAUCAAGCGCACAUCAUCAAGAGGGAAGUUAUGCGACAUUGCAAAUCCACAAUCGUCUUCUGUUCCCACCUUCGUCAAGGCAAGCAUGACCGACACGAAAGAAGACGACGAAGUUCUUAUCCCUUUCGCAGCGGCAGCAUCGACUCCUUUGAUUCUUCGAUACGAUACGUUCCAUCAGAAACACGAAGACGCAAACGAAUGCGUCGAUCGAGAGGUGAAUGGAGUACUUUGUCUUGGAGUCUGGCCUCUCCGAUUCCUUCGCAAGGCUGACAAGUAUGGCGACAUGGGACUCACCUACGGUGUACCGUCGUGGUCACUGAAGCAGCUGCCCUCGUCUGGGGUCCAUGGGUUGUUUAUGAUCGAACAAUGAAGCAAGGCUUCCAGGACCCAUCACACCCUUGCCAAAUACACCUGGUGGCUCAUCAACUCCCGCUUGAGACGGUGAGUGAACCAUCACUUGUGCUGGGCACGACUGCGCUUCCUGAACUGCCUCGCCUGAUAGAUUACCUUGACGUGUUCAGAGAGGUCCGUCAUGACCUAGUGCAUGGCCGGGCGGCUACGACGCGCAUCAAGAUCGAUAGACUUCAACAUCAGUCAGCUCUGGCGCAGUUGCCCUCCGCGUCUUCAAGCCGCUUCUUCCUCAAGAAGCCAACGUGGGUUGGGCUCCACAAGUCAAAGACCGUCAAAGGCGCCAAUGUGAUGACCGUGCUCGAAGUCGCCUGGGCUCUGGGGAGUCUACAGGAUCUGGAACGAGCCUCAGCGCCUUGGACUAGCAGUCAAAGAAAUGAAAUCGUCUUCCAGACUUGGUGGAAAGGUCGGGAAGGCAGAAAGGCCGCCCUCAGCGAACAGCUCCUUGGUAGGGGGGAAAACAUAGCCCAGUGGCUCAAGGAUGCCUUGAAUCUAUUCAAUAUUCAAGGCGCUCAAGAUUCAUUCAGAAGACCACAGAGACUCGGUCAACCGCCAGAAAUCGUUCGCUUGCGGGUCUCCGAUCAAAGAGUGGAGAUGGGUACGUACUGCAUGAUUCCGAUUUGGGCAUUGAGCAUCCUACCGUUACUUAGAAGGGUAGGCAUUCAGGACUUGCACAGACGAAGAGCCUUGCCGCUCAAUACGUGCAGCGAGUCGACAAAGUACAGACUUACUCUGCCCUCCCGUCGUUGAGCAAGUGGGGCCGCUGCUAGGAGUCGCGGACAGCAGUGGGCUCUCGAGUCAGGACAAAUGGAAUGUUGUUUGAUAGUCCAAAAACAGUAGCGGAAAGGACAAUGAGGGGACACUCGCGAGGCUGGAUAUGAGCUGCUAAAGAUCUGCAUG